CGUACUUAAGGAUUCUAGCAUCCCCUCUGUUUCCUCAGUCUCUCUUUUUGCUCGCCUCCUCGCCUCGCGUCUUCCCGUCACGCACUUUAUCUCCCUUAUCGCCACGCUUUCGUCUGCUCACCAACCCAGCCCAACCCUAGAAACGCGGCUUGUAUCCUUACGCGCACGGCCUUUCUGCACUGUCAGAUUUAUCAAUUCGGUUCGUAUUAUUGCCCCUUGUCUUCUACCGCUUAUUGCCACUUCCUAGUUGGCCUGUAUUUUUUUAUUUGCCCAGCUGCAAGGCCGACCACCCUGACUUGCCUUGUUGUUGUGAGACUGUAUUCCUCUAAGUGCUGCCCCGUGAAUAAUUCUAGGGCAUAAUAAUUUUUGUAUAACUUGGACACUUCAUACACACACUUACAUGCACGUCCCAUAUGAUUCCUAGCCUCCUGUACUCUCCAGUCUCUUUGUCAUCUGAUAUGUACUCCGUACAUGUACAGUACAUUCCCUACCAGUUACCUAGGUAGCUUUUUCCGCUCCUGCCUUGUCCUUUUCUGGUUAGCAGCGGGAUUCUCCGCAUCACCUUUUUUUUCCGCUGGCUUUUUGUCAGUGCACGGAGUGUUCCUCUCUUCCCUCCUUCAUUCCUAGCCAAUCACCUGCACUCUUUUACCUCGCUCUCCAGCAGCUCUGCUCUGUUCCGCUGCCUGUUGCUUAGUCAUCUUUCCACGUGGCCACAAGCUUUCCCGUCAACUUUCUUGGCAAUAUAAAUUGCGCAUCCUUCGCUCUGCUUCUUCUUCUUCCUUUUCUGCUUCCCCCCCUCUUUGGCACUACUGUCUCGCCAACCACCCCCUAUUGAAACCACUGUCAACAACAAAUCACGCAACAGAAAAGCAGACAUUGUUGUGGGAAAUUAUUCUUUUCUCAAUCAUUGUACCCUGUGUUUACUAAUAUCUAGUGGAUAUUACUUGAUUUUCUUUUGCUGCUGCCGGCUGCUUUCUCAUACAUACAACGUCUCUUUUAUCCACGCAUGGCUCUGACCAUAACUCUGUCGCGUCUAGUCUAAUAUAAUAUUCUGACUUAGAUUAGAGAUAGGGGACAUCGACCCAUAGCUUUGUGGCCCAAAAACAAAACAACAAGAUCAAAAGUCGGGAUUAAUAUCAGAUUUCCCGCCCAGCCAGCCAAGCUUACCAGAGUCGCGCAUUCUCUCAAUUGGUCUACUCUAUUUGCUCCGUGACGCGUUAAUACGUCCUGUCUAUCCUCUUCAUCCAAGACGGACUCUAUCCCGCCCUCUCCUUUCUCUGGUGCUCGGAUUUCCCGGCGGGCCAGGGCGCGCGCGUGUUUACCCUUCAUCUAUCACCCCCUGUGUUGCCUCACGUGAUCGUCGCUGAUGGUCAUGGCAACUCCUCCCCCAGACACUGCUGUCGCGGAGAGCAAGCCCCAGCAACCUCCCGUUGUUGAUCAGGUUUCUCUUGAUGCGAACUUAUUUGGUGGUAACCCGACUCUAGAAACGAAAACAGUUGCCGUGAGGCUUUCUGAAACCAUGUCUUCUGAAGCCCAGGUAGUCAAGGAGCCUGCUGCUACAGAUGAAAACAAACCUCUUUCGCCGGUAGUAAACGGUAAUGGGGUGGUGGGCACCACUAAAGUUGAGGCUGCCGAUACUGCUUCUCCCCUUUCUCCACUCGAAGCAUCCCGCCCCAAAUCACCACUAAGUCAAGAAAUAGCUACAGCUCCACCAGCAGACGUUCAAGUGUCGACAAAUCCUGGGUCACAGACUACGCCAGAGGUAGAUUUAGAUUUGCCAGCCACACAACCGGAGAAAGAGGCAGCUGCCUUGAAACCAGAAACGACCCCUGUUGCUGCGAAGGAAUCCAUGGAUUUGGAUGAACUUCCUCAAGCUUCUUCUGAGCUUGCCAGCGCGCAAGCGUCUUCAACCACGAGUGCCCAACCGAAAGAAUCACAAGUAGAAACUGAGCCUUUCCCCGUAGACGCAACGUCGAAAGAAGCUGCUGGGUCAACGAAUGAAUCUCUCCCGUCUUCUACGAAUGAACAGCAACCGUCACUGCCAGCUCAAAGGGAAGAAGCACCCGCUUCCUCAGAUGUUCCCACCCCUCCUCCUCCCCCUGUUCCCGAAACUGCAACUAUCCCUUCUCAAACAGCCCCUACCCAAACUAACAUGCCAUCUCUUUCCCAAACUUCACAACUAUCUCCUCCUGCAACCACCGGCUCCAUUGAAUCACAAGCACCAAAAUCAGAAGAGCCAAAACCUGAGCCUGUCAUGCCAGCACCGGUCGCAGCACAACUCCAACCAGACCAGGAGAUGGUAGAUGCCCCUCCUGUGUCUCCCACUAAGGUAACGCGGGAGAGGGAUGAGGAUAUGGAUGAGGAACCGGCCCCAAAGCGAAGUAAGAAGGAUGAUACUGCAGGUGAUGCUGCACCUGCUGUGCCAGAGUUUAAAGUUCCCGAAUUGCCACCGGUACCAGCGGGUGCAGGCAGUGAUUCGUUGCGGUCAGAAGCCCCUCUCACCACAAAACAGUUGAAAUUCUUGGUCCGAUGCAUUCAGGGUUUGAAGCGUGUACAUGAUUCCCGAUUUUUCCGUGAACCGGUAGACCCUGUUAAGCUGAAUAUCCCAAACUACCCGCUUAUUAUUAAACAGCCCAUGGAUUUGCGAACCAUUGAAGAGAAAUUGAAAUCAGGGUCCUAUGCUUCGCUCGCUGCAGUUAUUUCUGAUUUCGACUUGAUGAUUGACAACUCCGUUACCUUCAAUGGACCGGAGCAUAUGGUUAGCGUGGAAGGCCUGAGACUCAAGCAGAACUUCGAGCGCCAUUUGGCCAAACUGCCUGGCCCAGAUGAAGUGGAAACAAGCCCUGCUCAAAAGAAGGCCAAGAAAGUGGCUACUGCGCCCACAAAAACUCAACCUGCUCGACGUGACUCAAGAGCGGUUGGAAACAAUGCGCGACCGACAAAUGCGGCGUCACCCACAACAACGUUUGCGCUUGGACCCGAGGGUUUGCCUCUCAUCCGCCGCGAUUCCACCACCGCGGAUGGGCGGCCAAAACGUUCUAUCCACCCUCCAAAAAAUCGCGAUCUACCCUACAGCGCAAAGCCCAAGAAGAAGAAAUAUCAGUGGGAACUGAAGUUCUGUCAGGAGGUACUAGACGAGCUCCAUAAAAAGAAACAUGAACCCAUCGCCCUUCCGUUCUAUUACCCCGUUGACCCAGUGGCCUUGAAUAUUCCGACAUACCACAGUAUAAUUAAGAAACCCAUGGAUUUACAAACUGUCCAAACCAGGCUGCAAACCGGCCAGUACGAGAAUGCCAAGGAGAUGGAGGCUGACAUCCGUUUAAUAUUCAAAAAUUGCUACAAGUUCAACAUCCCUGGCGAUCCGACCUACAAUGCUGGGAAGAGUUUGGAGGAGGUCUUCGAUAACAAAUGGAGCCAGAAGCGUCGAUGGAUCGAAGCUCAUGAACCAUCCUCUGGCCACCAAAGCGCUGGCACGUCAGAAAACGGUAGUGAAUCAGAGGGUGAGGAUAGUGAGGAGGACAAUGACCAGGAGAAAUUAAAUCAACUUCAGAAACAAAUUGCGGAGAUGUCUAAGCAAGUAGAGGCAAUUACUCAAAAGAAGAAAAAGACCCCACCCAGUAGCUCGAAGAAAUCGGGCAAAUCCAAAUCUGGCAAGAAGGACAGUAAGAAGGGUUCUGGCACAACGGGAGGCUCGUCUGGGAAGAGGGAUAAGAAGAGCGCUUCGAAAUCCAGCAAGCCUGAGAAGCAGCAUUGGGUUACGUAUCGCGAAAAGCAAAUUAUUUCUCACGGUAUUAGCAGCUUGCCUGAAAAGAGAAUGACCGAGGCGCUUAAAAUUAUUCAGUCAAAUGUCCCUGGAUUAAAGGAUACCAAAGAAGCGGAAAUUGAACUUGAUAUCGACGAGCUACCCAACGAGGUUCUCCUUGUGCUUCUAAGAUUCGUGAAGAAACAUGCACCAGCGGCUAUGGAAAUUGAUGAGCCGGAACCCGAACCUGUUCCCGUUGUGGCUCCACCGAAGCCCAAGAAGAAUAAGCCUAUGAGCAAGUAUGAGCAGGAAGCACGGAUCAAUAGUAUUGAGGGCACCAUCUCCCGCUUCCAGGGUGGUGGCGGUGGCGGUAGAGGAGGUUACUCACAACCUAUACAAUCCGUCGAAAUGCCUGAGACCAGCGACGACGAAGAUGACUCGGAAGAAAGUGAGGAAGAGUAGAUCCCUUGAAGCUGAAAAUUAUCAGCUCCUUGCUACGCGUUGUUGCCAUGCCCUUUGGGACGAACAGACAGUCAAACAUCCUUUCUGCUCUUUGAGAUGCUUUUUAAUCUGAGUUUUUGCACCCCUCCUUUUCCCUCUUGCUCUUCGGCUUCACUUAUGCUGUCAUAUCCAUCUAUUUACCCCAGCCCCGUGCGAUUGCUGGAAUUCUCACGACGACCCCAUAGGGAUGAUAAUGUUACUAUAAAAGCUAUCCACGAAUCAAAGACACACAAAACAUAACACUUGCAGGCGCCCUUGAUCGGAUACUUUGGACGGUUUUUUCUUCUUUUUUCUUGUUCCUUAUUUCACUGUUUUUUCUGUACUGCAAUUCUUCACAAGCCAGGGGGUAUGGUUGUUGCCGUCUUAAACAUCUUGUAUCUCACGCGUGCAUCAGACAGGAGGUUUUAGGUUUUUUAUCUUCUUCAGUUUGUUCUUUCCCCCUAUCUCUCUCUUCUUACCCUUCUCCCUGUAUGCUUUUUUUAAAUUGUAUCUAUUAUUAUUAUUACCUUUUUUUUGUUUUUUAAUAAAUUUGAAAAAUGAGAUCAAGACGAAAACGAAGAAGAGCAAACUAAGAGAAGAGCGAAAAAUCAAGAUCCCUUUAUUAUUUGCUUAUUGCUAAAUGAUUCUAGAGAUUACAACUACUAAGUAUUCGUGUGAAGAUCGCUGAAGCCUGCCUCUCUGUAUAAACGUAACAUCAAGAACUCAGUGGCAUCAUUUUCGUUUGGUUCUGCUUCACCGUCUUCCUACCACUACUCAUUGGUUAUCUAAUAGGGCUUUAACCGAUUUGAUUUAUAGAUACUAUUACCAUUGGGGGUAUAGAGAUAUUCCCUCACCUUCCUUCC